UCUGAGUUGGUGAGUGUGAGCUUUCAACAUGGCAGAGGUGUCUGCGCUGAACAGGAAAACAAUUCAAACCUUGGCUGAAACUUUGUCUAAACAAGUUAAACACUUUAACAAAACUGAAGCAGAGUGCCUGAUCUGGCUGUUUAAUACACUGCUGGGAGAACAGAUUGAGAGCAAAGAAACUCAUGGACUGGACCGGGGACACUAUCGCAACAUCUUACACAAUACAUUCGGGCUGACCGAUGAUAUGCUUCUGGACCGAGUUUUCCAUGUAUUUGACAAAGACAACGAUACCUACAUCAAUGUUAAAGAGUGGAUAGAAGGACUAGCAGUCUUACUCCGAGGGACACUGGAUGAGAAAAUAAAAUUCUGUUUUGAGGUGUACGACCUGAACGGGGAUGGCUACAUAUCACGGGAAGAAAUGUUCCACAUGCUGAAGAACAGCCUGAUCAGACAGCUGACUGAUGAAGACCCCGAUGAAGUAAUUAAGGAACUUGUGGAAAUAAUACUAAAGAAAAUGGAUCACGACCAUGACAACAGACUUUCAUAUUCAGACUUCGAAAAGACUGUGAUGGAUGAAAAUCUGUUUUUAGAGGCUUUUGGAUCUUGUCUUCCUGAUGUAAAGUGUGUGCAGGCGUUUGAGCAACAUGCAUUUCAGGACACACUGGGGCCUGAAAUCACUAAAAUACCUUCAUAACAAGGUUUUAAAACCUUGUAAAUUCAGCUCCUGUACAAUGUGUUACUCUGUAGGAAUCGGUAGAAUGUGAUAUUUAAAUUCUUCUCCGAGGCUUUGCGGUGGUGGUCUUUGUCUCUGUGGGAAUUGAUGAAACCUGACAAAAAAAAUAAAUAAAUAAAAUAUUAAAGUAAAUUUUUUUAGAUUUCAGCAACCAGCACAACUGACUUCUUUCCAUCACAUGCAUGAAACUGAUCUAUCGACAUAGAUACACUCACACACGUUAAUAUAAUUUGAUCUUUAAUAUAAGCUAUUGCUAUAGUAUACUUAUACUAUAGUUGGUAAUAUGAUCAUAACAUGAAACAAAAUCUGUACUAUUAUCUCAAUAACUUACCCUAAAACACCGAGAAGCGUCCCUUCGUUUAAAAGUCCUUUUAAGUAUUGUCUAUUUUUUCUAUCUUUCUAACUCAGCCAUUUUAUACUUGAUUUCAAUUUGGUUUCAAUAAGGGGCAAUAGAAAAAAAAAAGUGCUUCCUGGAGUGCCUCAAGGAAAACUUAAAAAAAAAAAAUUAUCAAACCUUUUUAUUUUACCAAACAGCAUCUUCAGCAACAUCAAUUCAGAAAUUGGUAAAAUACAGCAUCAAAUAUCCAGACAUGUACAUGCACGAUGACCCGCACAAUACUGUUUACCAUUUUUUUUUACAUAUAUUUUUCCAAAUCAAAACGUCUAAGAAGGGGGCGGCACGGUGGUGUAGUGGUUAGCGCUGUCGCCUCACAGCAAGAAGGUCCAGGUUCGAGCCCCGUGGCCGGCGAGGGCCUUUCUGUGCGGAGUUUGCAUGUUCUCCCCGUGUCCGCGUGGGUUUCC